GACAGCCAGGUUCCAGGCUCGUUUGACGUAUUGAAUUGAUUGUAUUGUUAUUUACUUUAUGUAAACAAUGAAGAGAAUUCGGUUGACUAGUAAUAUUUAUUUUUAAUUAAACAACAGUUAUUGUUUGAAUAUGUCCUAAUCACUAUCUCCCUAGUUAUAACUCGGUCUUGUCAAGGCCUUAAGUACCUAGGUUUAUAGUAGUUUUAAAUUGAUCAAAAUGUUCAACAGUAGCCUAUUAUAUGAAAAGAGGCCACUGAAGAAACCUCGAAUAGGUCCUCCUGAUGUAUAUCCUCAAGAACCAAAGCAAAAAGAGGAUGAACUCACCAGCAUCAAUGUUAAACAUGGGUUUCCCACCAUGACCCACCUUAGUGAUGAAUUUGGAACUGCAAGAAACUGCAAUGUAACUGCUAGUAAGGUUGGGGCAUAUUUCAAUGCCAUUAUUGCAAAGAAAGAAGAAUUGUCUAUGUUGCCAGAUUCUGGUCGAAAAAGGCAGCAGAUCAAUCCCAAAGACAACUUUUGGCCUGUAACUAACAGAACAAAAACUCACAUAGAGGCAUGGUUCAAAGACCUAUCUGGCAAUAAACCUUUGAUGAACUUGUCAAAACGUGCUCCCAACUUUAAUAAGAAGGAAGAGAUUUUUAUGAUGCUAACUGAACAUCAUGUUCCAAUGCUCAGAGCUGCUUGGUUCAUCAAACUGAGUUCUGCUUAUACAGUGGCUGUAUCAGAGGCCAAAAUCAAAAAAAGACAAAUGCCUGAUCCUACAACUGAAUGGACAGGCACAACAUUGAAGUUUCUAAAAGACCAAAUACCAAAGCUUCAAGAAUUCUAUUCUCAAGCUGAUAAACCACCUCCACCUAAUGCCACUCUGAAUUCUAUACACACAAAUGAAAUUGAACAAAAAUUAGCAAUGAGGCAUUGGUUAUACUGUACCAGACUUCUCAAAUACAUGUAUGAAGAAGGGUUAAUGGAUAGACAAGAAGUACUUUCAUGGAUUCUUGAACUACUAGAAAAACAAAAAGCCCAACAACCAGCUGAUGAUGGCAUCUUGAGAAUAUUCCUACCACUUACCUUACAGUAUUUAGAUGAAUUUGUGCAAUCUGAAUUGCUCUCUAGAAGACUUGCACAUUUCUGUACAAAAAAAUUAGGGACCAUGUUGAAUAAUGUUGCAGAAACCAACUUGAUGACUUCACCAUCAAGUGAGAGUAAAACUGAACAGAAAGAUGUUGAUAAAGAGAAGAAGGAAAAUGUUGCUCCAAAUCCAAUUCAGAGUACAUUAAUGGAGUACAACAAUUGCCCACAUCAUAGAGAUAUCAUUCUCCAGCUCAGCGACAUCGUCCAAACGAUCAGCCUCGAAUGCCCGACCGCCCUAGUUUGGUGCGGGGCCGGCGCGGGCACCAUCUGGUACGGCUCGCCGCUCGACCAUCUGCCCAUGCCGCCCUCCCAGCUGCCCGUGCCGCCGCGGUGCGAUAUGACCGGCUACAGGAAGCAGAUGCUCUACGCCGAGCAUUGCAUCAAGGAGCGCAGCAAGCGGGCCGAAGGUCGUUGGUGCACCGAGAAGUGGCAGGCGUCGUCUGCAGGAACAGUUACUACGAGAGUUUUAGCAGCUCUUGAUGCUCUAGAUAGACACCGUUUUGAUAAAAUGGAUGCCACGAAUUCUUUGGACACCCUAUAUGCAAAAGUAUUCAGCGGCAAUCCCGACCAAGAAACGGCCGUGGUCAAGCUCCUUUGCGAGUGGGCCGUCUCCCCGGAGCGCACGGGCGAGCAUCGCGCCUUGGCCGUCGCCGCCCUCCUUGACCGCCGGCAGUCCGACGCCGGUGCGGCGGGCGGCGAGCAGGAGCCGGCGCCCGGCGAUGACAAGGACUCGACGGCGAGCGCGCCUGGCGGACCGCCAGCGUUCCAGGCGCUGCUGAUGCGGUUCCUGGACGUGGACGCGCCGGUGCCGUCGCCCGACGACUGCCCCAUGAAAAAGACUGCAUUCUCCAAUUUGGUUCAUCUGUUUGCUGAACUGAUUCGUCGUGAUGUAUUUUCCCACGAUGCUUACAUGUGCACCCUCAUAUCACGAGGAGACCUUCUGGGACCUGAAGAGAUGACUGACCCCAUAUCAAACCACCACCACCACACCAAAAUGGAGCCGAUGGACUACGACGACGCCAACAUCGACCACGACCUCGACAAGAUCCUGCAGAACAUCAAAGAGGACCAGCAGAACUCGAUGGACGUGCCGGACAGCCCGAAGGAGCACGAUCACGCCCAUCACGCCCACGCGCCAUCCUCGAUGGGGCACGUGCCCAUGGAGGCGGACCACGGGGACCACAAGGUCAAGCCUUCGAGGCAUUUGCUCUACACCACGCACUUUCCGCUCAGUCAGGACGAUCCGUUCUCGCAGCACGAUUGCAAUCAGCGGCAUGUUCUAUUGUAUGGUGUCGGCAAGAUUCGGGACGAGGCCAGGCACACGGUGAAAAAAAUGUCGAAGGAAAUCUGCAAGCUCUUCUCGAAAAAAUUCAGCAUCGACGUGGCCGAAGGUGGCAAAGUGAAGAAACACUCGCGCAACGAGUUCAACUUCGAGGCCACCACGCACAAGUGCCAGAGCCUCAGCUACUUCGACCAGCACCUGGUCUCGUGGCAGUGCAGCGUGACCGUCAUCGAGAUCCUCAACUCCUUCGCCACCGGCAACUCCAACUACCUGCCUGUGCAGGAGCACGUGGCUUUCCUGUUCGAUCUGAUGGAGCUGGCGUCGAACAUCCACGGGCUGAUCGACGUUUGCAUACAGAUAUUGAAGGAGUUGCCCGAGGUGGAGAACCAGCUGUACAACAAGAAUCUGAUGUUGAGCAGGAAUUACACGACGUCGUUGAGUUUGUACGUGGUCGGGGUGCUGAGGCGGUACCACUGCUGUCUUUUGUUGUCCCCCGAGCAGACGUCGGCAGUGUUCGAGGGCCUCUGCAAGGUGGUGAAGCACGUGUCGAACCCGGGCGACUGCAGCUCGGCCGAGCGAUGCAUCCUCGCCCACCUCUACGACCUCUACUCCUCCUGCAGCCUGCUCAAGUCGAAGCCGCACGCCGUCGAGCCCUUCGGCAACGCCUAUCCCAAGAUCAAGCAGGCACUAUACACGUCGCCUCAGCCCACGCCCAGCAACGUGUACGUUUACAACCCGCAGUGCAUGCAGGAACUGUUCCUAAGCCCGAGAAGGGCCGGCAGGAUCGAUAGCGUGUUAGCGAAGCAGCUCAACGAGAACGGAAACAACAGGUAUUCCUUUGUGAGUAAUGCUGUGAUCCACGUCUGUCGUGAAACUGAUAACGAAAGAUUGAACGACCUGGCAAUAUUGUGUGCAGAGAUGACUGCCUGCUGUAAUUCAUUAGCUUCUGAAUGGUUAGGGGUUCUUUUGACCCUUUGCUGUCCUUUAUCUCAUCCCGGAUAUUAUGCGGAAAUUUUAAAUCAGUUGGAUAUUCAAGAUGUCAGUAUUCACAAUGCUCUAGCAGUAUUCACUUGCAUUUUAAUUGCAAGACAUUGCUUCUCUUUGGAAGAUUUUGUGAGGAGGGUAGCUCUACCUAGCUUACUGAAGAACGGCUUCCAGGUGAAAUCGAUGGACAAUGGCGAGGGGCGGGCGGAGGGCGGCAUGCGGCUGACCUGCCACCUGUUGCUGCGCCUCUUCCGCACCGCCGACGGCCCUCAGCCCGGCCUCUACUCGGUCGGCUCGCCGCCCCUCACCGCGCCUCGCCCGCCCCUGGGCGUGCGGCUGAGCUGCGACCGCCAUCUGCUGGCCGCCGCGCACAGGAACAUCCACGUGGGUCCCGUUCUGGCCGUACUCAAGGCCGUCCUGAUAGUGGGAGAUGCCACCGCCAAAGAGGGCACCGAGCUGAGCCUGAGCAACAUUCUGGGCACCAGCGAUCUGCACAGCGGCGGUGAUGGGCCCAGUCUGGAUUUGCCGAUGAACGUGGAUGUGUGCGGAUCGAGGACAACACAUAGACAAUCUAGUACAGGCAACGCCGAGAGCACCGCCUCUCUUUCCGCGUUCGCUUGUCACGUGCUCAGGGAAAUCUGCUCGCAGCAGUGGGUGCUCGAGCGCUGCCUCUCCUCCGACGAGCUGUGUCACGUGGACAACCUGUUGGACCCGCUGCUGUCGCACUCCCAAGCACAGAGGCUGCUGCACAUGAUCUGCUAUCCGGACGCCGGCAGCAUCAUAGACGCAUUGGAUCAGAAGUCGAUGAUCACGAGGAUCUUGGAGAAUUUGGAACAGUGGACCCUGCGUAUGUCCAUUCUCGAUCUUCAACUGAUGUAUGAGCAGUUUAGUCCCAACUCGUCUGAACUGUCUCAAUGGCUCGAUACGGUCGCCAAAGCCGCUAUCGAUGUCUUCCAAAUCAACGCCCCGUAUGAUUCUCCGCCACAAGAAGAGAAGAAGAACGACAAGAAACAGCACAAUUCGAUAUGGUUGGUGGCUCCAUUGAUAUCAAAACUACCUCCUGCAGUUCAAGGCAGAGUUUUGAAAGUGGCAGGACAAGUUCUGGAAGGGGGAGGCUGGUGCAAGGAGCAGAAAAUCAAAUCGAGGGGGUGCGGCGAGAGUCAGAGCCUACUGAGCCAUCAACCGUUCCUAUCUUUGGUGCUGACGUGUCUGAAAGGUCAAGAGGAGGGCCAAAGAGAGGGAUUGUUAUCUUCGUUGAACCAACAACUGUCACAACUGGUGCAACAAGCCAAAGAGGGCACCCAGCCGGACGCCAUCGGCACCCAGCAGACCUUGGACGGUCUGCGGUUGCGCUUCGCCCUCGUCGGCGGCGUGUUCGAGGCGUUCCAGCGCAAUCCGGCCGCCACCACCGAUUGGGCGCUGCUGCUCGUCCAGCUCGUGACGUACGGCCUGGUGGAUCUGCACACGCACAACGACCUCUUCACCGUCGUGGUGGACAUGCUCGCGACGCUCGUGCACGCCGCCAAGGCCACCGACAGUCAGGAUGAUAGCAGAAAAAUGUAUCCUAACUUGCUGAAGAAGCUGAAGAAGGAAGUCGGCGAAAAACAGAGCGCUUCUUUGCAACACAUCCGUCAACUUCUCCCCUUGCCGAGGGUGGUAACCGAGGUGAUUGCUGUCGAAUCGGCCGGUUCUAGUAGGGGCAACAAGAUGAGUUUCGAUAGCGUCGACAAGAAACACGACCUUCAGGUGACCGACAAGCAGCGCGUCAGCAACUGGGACAUCCUGGAGGGCAUGAAGAACCCCGCCCCCCUGUCGUGGGCGUGGUUCGGCGCCGUCCGUCUGGAGAGGAAGCCGUUGGCCUGCGAGGACACGCACCGGCUGCUCAAGUUCCACACGCACAACCUGCAGCGUCCCGCCGCGCACUAUCUGGACCCGCCGCCGCUGCCGCCCGAAGACCUGGAGCCUAUUCCGGAGAAACCGGCGGACACCCCGACCUCGGUGGACCAGAGCCCCGCGGGCGCCGGUGGUGGCAUCUCCAAGGGCCGCGGCAAGGGCCAACGCAAGCCGCGCAAGCCGAAGGCCGCGCCGGGCGGGCCGAUGCACGUCGGCCCGAUGGCGCUGGGAGGGCAGCCACCGCUCGGAGGGGCGGGCCAGGGCCAGGGCGGCGCGCCAGGCGGCCUGCAGAUGGGUGGUGGGGGGCAGGGCGGGGGCGCACAGAUGGGGCAGCAUCUGGGCGGGUACGGGCAGGCACCGCAGGGAGGGCAGUACGGAGGUGGGGGCGGGCAGCAGAGCUGGUACGGGCAGGGGCCGCAGCAGGGGUACUAUCCGCCUAUGCCAGGUAAUCGAUUCGAAAGACCGCCGCAACUCAACAACCAAUCGAAGCAAGCCCUGUCGAAUAUGCUGCGAUCCCGGCUGCCGCUCAACAACUUCAUGCCCGGCAUGCAGAACAACCCGAACUCGCAGCCCAUCGGCAACUACAACCAGAUGCAGCGGGGCUUCCCCAGGCAGGCGAUCAGGCAGCCGCAUCCCAACUCGAUGCAGCCGAAUCAGGGUUUCAUUCCUCAGCAAUACAGUAACAUGCAGAGCGGCAUGGGACAACAGUAUGCUGGAAACUAUGGUGGAAAUCCGCAAACUAUGAUGCAAGGCAACAUACAGGGCAACCAACAGAUGAUGCAGGGAGCUCAGAGUAAUAUGUUCACGGGACAGCAACAAAGUUUCGGUCAAGCCCGCCCCAGCCAGCCGGACUAUCGGCAGAUGGGCCAGACGGCGCCGCGCGCCCCCUACAUGCAGCAGGCGCCCAACGUGACGAUGAACGCCAACAUGGGCGGCAUGGGUGGCAUGCCGGGUCAGGGCGGGCCCGCGCCGCCCUAUUCGCGCACCUCGGCGCAGGCCAUGCAGCCCAACAUGCAGAAUCAGAACCAGUUCCAACAACAACAGCAGCAACAGAGGAUGCGGAUGCUGGCCAUGCAGCAGCAGCAGCAACAACAGCAGCAGCAGCAACAGCAGGGCGGGCCGCAGGGAGGGCAGCCUUCACAGGCGCUCGUUGCGCACCUGCAGCGGCAGCAGAUGAACCCGAACCAAUACCAUCAGCCGCCGCCGUAUAAUAUGCAAUAGGGUGGUUCAUGCUUUUAUUCGCUGUACUUAUAUUGUGUGUUACAGGUUUUAUUUAUACAUGAUUAUACUUUUCUUUAUUGAGAAAACUUUUUUUCGAUGAAUAAAUUAAAGUUGGACGAACA